AUGGAGGAACUCAGUCAAGACUCGCAGAUAACACAAGUAUCCGAAAGUCAGGAUCUUUUCCAAGGCUAUGGUGCACAGAACGAUGAUUUAGGGAGAGGACAACAGAAUGACUUAAAAGAAAUAUUGAAGGAAUUAAAGUCUCUACGAUCAGAAGUUGCAGAACUUAAAGAGAUGUUAUCGAGUACUGUCCAACAGAGACCAUUCCAUAUGGCAUCAUGUUCAUUCAAAGAGAAGUUGCAUCUAUUUCUGAGACAUUUGUUUACAAAAAACAUGUGGCUUGAUCUCCAGAAUGAAGAAUACCAGUCUGAAGUGAAGAAAUGCUUACAGAGGGAUGGCAGAUCCUCGGAUAUUGAUGCAUUGAAAAAAGUCAACUCGUUUUCUAUGCUGAAAUUCACAGAAUUCAGAAACCAAUUCAGAAGGAGUCUUGUGCAGAAGAGAAAAGUGGACCUUAGAAGUUUGAAAUUGGCAGAGUUCUGUAGAGUAGUUUUCAGUCCAUUCUGCAGAUCAGGGGAGGACAUUUGCUCCACUGAGAGACGCCGAAAUGCCCUGCUGUUUAGAACUUUCUUGUAUAGACAAAAAAUAUUUGUCUAUACAAACCAGAAUCAGACCCAGAACCAGACCCAGCAAGAAAGCCAUUUCUGGAAUGAUUUCAAAACAUACAUUCAAGAGCAUCGCAGCCAAACUGAGGAUAAAUGGUUAAAGAUGGAGGAGCUUGAUGGAAGAAGAAGAAACAAGUUCCUCAACAGUCAAGAUGCUGCCAACUCUACACUCAUUAGUUAAUGACAGAUGAAAAAAUGUAGCAAAAAUGUAGAAUAAUAAAUAAGACUUGAUAACAA